CAACAUUCAUUCAGUCGCCACGGGGAACGGUCGCCGCUAGCUCGUAUCGAGCAACUUACGCGGGUUUUCAAUGCAUUGCUUUCAACCGUAUACCAAAUAAUCUUAUCCAGCAUCGCCAUUGGGCGAUAACUUAUCGUGUGCUAUGACGCGACGGCACAUUUUAAAGUUCCUGCAAGAUAAGCGACGGUGGUGAUUAAAAUUUUAUUGUGUUCGGCUGGAGAAUGUGCUCGCGCUGACGUUCUCGCUAUAGAAAAAUCUAAUACCGUUACGUAGUGCUCGAUUGCAAUGUCGCUGUUUAAGAAGAAGGCACCGAAGUACACGCCGCCUCCAGUGCCGCCGACUCCCACGGAGGAGUACCAGCAGCAGAACGGAGCUGACAACAACAAUGGCACGCAGAAGUCACAGUUAGUGUUUCACUGUCAGCAAGCGCAUGGAAGCCCACUGGGGCUCAUCUCCGGCUUUUCCAAUGUCAAAGAGUUGUAUCAAAAGAUUGCAGAAUGCUACGAUUUUCCUGCAGAAGAUAUUUUAUUCUGCACACUCAACACCCACAAAGUUGACAUGAAGAAACUUCUAGGCGGACAAAUAGGAUUAGAAGAUUUUAUAUUUGCCCAUAGAAAAGGACGACCAAAAGAAAUAGAAAUUGUGAAAACAGAAGAUGCCUUGGGAUUAACAAUAACAGACAAUGGUGCCGGAUAUGCGUUUAUAAAGAGGAUAAAGGAAGGCUCAAUCGUCUCGAGAAUACCACACAUAGAGGUCGGAGACCACAUUGAAAAGCUGGAUGGAGAGAAUAUGGUCGGGAAACGGCAUUACGAGGUCGCGAAGACUUUGAAAGACAUUCCUAAAGGCACAACGUUUAUAAUUCGACUCGUGGAGCCGCUCAAAAGCGGCUUUGGAAGUAUCGGACCCAAAACCAGCAGCGCCCGAGCCGGCAAGAAGCAAAACUACGGUUCCGGAAAGGAAACUUUAAGGUUUAAGGCGAAUGGACAAGCCACCAUAGAAGAUGAGCACGACGAAAAAUCAAAGGCUGGCAUAGAGAAAAUUAAUGGGUUGCUGGAAUCUUUCAUGGGCAUCAACGACUCAGAAUUGGCGUCACAAAUGUGGGAUCUAUCAGAAGGAAAGACCAACUCCAUGCAGUUGGCUGAAGCAAUCGACAACAGUGAUCUCCAGGAGUUUGGCUUCACCGACGAGUUCAUUAUAGAGCUGUGGGGCGUAAUCACAGAUGCCAGAGCCGGUCGUCUUAGUUAGACUCAAUUUUUUAAUUAAAACUUAUCAGAUUGUGAAUAAAGAUAUUGAAUAUUAUCUAAAAAUCUAAAUGGAAAGAUUUGAUAUUUAAGUGCUGUAAAAUACUUUUAUGUGAUAAUUAAGGUACAUUGAGUAUUAGGUAGUAUAAGGUCAAGUAAGUAAUUUAUACUAAGGUGGCUUUGUUAGAUACCUACCUUAUGUAGGUAGAUUUGAUCAAUACGUAUCUACUUAUCUAGCGUUCUAUGAAAAGUGAUUAUCAGUACAAUAAUGGAAACAAGCAAUGUCUUUUAUGGUUGUUUUUAUGGAUUUUGUAAAAGUACAAUAAUUAAAAGUGCCUUAAAAUGUGACUGUUAGAAGAAGUAGGUAUCUACAGGUACUUAGACGUACGUUACCCAUAAUAUGCAAUGUAUGUUUUACAGAGCUUCAAGUGUAUUUAAAAUUCACUGGCAUUAUCUAAAACAGUACAAAACAACAAACAAACACGCAUUUUAGUUGUAAUAGUGUGUGCGUAGCUACUUAGAGUGAGGUACAUAAAGUUAUCUCCACAACUAGCAAAAGCAAUUAAUUAUGAUGAUACUGUUACUGACAUAAUACUGAAACUGUAAGAGGUACCUAAGUACCAGCUACUCCUACUUAAUACGUUCACUCGCUUUUAAAGGAGUAAGGCCGGGCUUAUAAUAUUUUGUCUGAUGUGUCAUACAUUUAGUUCAAUAAGUGUCGUAUUGUGAUGGAUUCGGACGUGUCGCAUACUAAAUGUAUGAAACCUUAGUAUGCAACUUUCUUCUGAUGCGUUACGAGCAACAAAACACUGCAGAUGGAUAUAAUCCAGCCUAAGAAAGGACUGUCACUUGCAACUCUCAAGUGGCGCCAACUACUGAGUAGCAUAUUUUGUACUGGUCAGGAUGGCGCCACUGUAGGGUAAGUCGCCUCACAUGCCAAUGAAAAUAUUGAGCGUAAAUUAUAGUCCUAAGCCCACAUGGUAACCGUCAGUAUAGCACAUAAGUAUGGUCAUAUUGGUCAUUUAAAUUAUGUAAAUAAGAUUAUUAUUAUGAUUUUCUCCUGUUCCUGAAUAACAUCUGCCUACUUAUUUUAUUAGUAGUAAAGUGCAUUUUUAUGUAUUAAAUACUAAAGUCUACAGUUAGUAGCCUUUUAAUAAAAUUGAGAAAAAUAUAUUAAUUGAAAUUUGUUUACGUAGCUUCUAUAAAAAUAACAGUCACUAGAUGUUAAAUCAAAUUGUUAUUUUAGUAGGAGAGAUUAGCCUUCCUCCAAAUGCUUAAUUAUUAGAACACCUAUGUGAAUUUAAAGUUAAAUUAUAUUAAAAUUGAUUAUUUUUUCAA